CCUGCCAGCGGGACGGUUCCCGUGUUUACCGUCCUCGCCACACUCAAAGAUUCCGCCCCACGAGCCAUCACCCAUUCACCGCGUGUUCCUGGUGGCCAAGGCAGCGCUGUGAGGUGAGUGGAGGGAGUGUUGUGUUGAAGUGUCUGGACCAGUGAUCGCUUGACGCUGCGGAGGAGGAGAGUAAAGUUCAGCUAACAUGACGUGGCCUUAGCCUGACGCUGGACUCCCUACGCAGCACCCCGAGUGACGACCGAUAGUCCCGUGUUCCCUCUCCUGGCAGCGCCACGCCCACCUGCCAGCACGGGGCAGACCAGAAGGCAUGGCUUCAGCACAGAGGAAUAAAGAAGAGGAGCAGCAGCAGCAGUAUGGCAGCACCGAGGAGUACAUUACAGCAUUGCAGGGAUGGAUGGCGCAGCUCUACCAGCUUCAGUGUGUAGCCAUGUCCUUCCCUUACUUCCUGGCCACUCUGCACUCUCAAGCAUCCCAGAGUGUUCCACUGGUCCACCCUGCAGCAGAACAGCCCUCUGCUUCCCCUUCAUCACCAUCACCAUCUGCCACUCGUACCACCACCACCACAACCCCACCACCACCACAACAACAGCCACAGCAGCAGACACAGCAGCAACAACAGCGACAACGGCAACCACAGAGAGGGACAGAGUACAAGAUCCCCCCUGUGUGGAAGCGGCUUGUGGCAGAAGUUAUUGACUUUGUCCUCCUCUUUGUCAUCAAGCUUGCCGUUACAUUUGCUGCUGUAGACACCUUUGAUCUCUUAAGUGACGUGAAAAAAUAUGAAUUUGAAAAUCUGAGAGCUGACAUCCUUGCGGACUACCACUUAGCCUUCCAGAUGACCUCGGAGAUUCUAGUCCUUGAACUUAUUCAUCGAGUGGCUACUUGCCUUUUUGAGGCCCUGUGUCUACACCGUGGAUCAGGGGGAGCUGGAGGGGCCACUCCUGGAAAGAAGAUAGUGGGAUUACGAGUGGUAUUCUGUGAGUGGGUGGCACCAACAGCUGCAGACCAGGCUCUGGUGUACCCUGCAACAGACCUUGGGUUGGUCAGAGAAGGAUGAUGGAAGCCACAGCUGGUGGUGAACAUUGUGUAGUGACCAGUCUGACACGGAACUAAUUACUACUACUAACCUACUAAGGGUAAGCAUACGCCAAGAGAUGCAUUGUUUCACUCACCUACCGACUCCACUGCAGAUGGUCAACCUGGGCAAGCCUCCAUGCAGCUGCCCUUCCCACUCAAAGCCCCUCCAAGGAUCAUUUGACUUGCCCCAGCCAUGAGUUUCGAGGGCAUCUCCUUGGUCUCCUACACUCACAUUUGUCUCGUGCAAAAUCAACCCUUUAAGUAGAACAAUGCGUGCUAAACGAUUAUAAAUUUUCUCUACCCAUAUGGCCGGAGUUGGCGUUUACUACUAAGUUGGUAACAGGCCUCAAGUCAGUUUCACAAAGUUGUCACUGGUUUCAUGCGUAGUCAUUCCAGCAAUACCUCAUGAUCCUGCGAAAACACUUGGUACCAAAGUCAUUAACUUGCCACUCCAAGUCUCUCUUCAUUGUCAAUGCCUUAUAGCCACACAGUAAGACAGGUAGCACAAGUGACCUGAAAAUGUGGAGCUUUGCCCUUCUGUGUAGAUAUUGACAACGCCAUAUACUCGUGUUGAGUGAGUCCAUAACACUGGGCCAUGCCAGUCCGUCAAAUGACUUCCUGGUAAGACCCACCAUUGUUGUGCACUAUGCUACCAAGUUAUGUGAAACUUUUGGUUACCUCAGUGUCCUUACCACAUGUAUGAACAGACUGAACUGUGUCAUCCAGCAAGGCUCCAAACGACUGGACCUUGGUUUUAGUCCAAGAGACCUUCAGCCCCAGUGGCUAUGCCUCCUCAUGCAGCACUUUGAGAGCCAUCACCAGGGCCACCAGCCUUUCCACGAGAAGUACAGCAUCAUUAACAGAAACAAGAUCAGUGACCUUGAUGUUGCCACCAGAAGCUCUUCAAUGACUUGAUCAGCAACUUUGCCUAAUACCCAGUCCAUGGAAAUGUUAAAGUGAUAGAGCAAGGAUGCACCCCUGCCUGACUCCUGAAUCAACUGGGAAGAAGUCCUAAAUACCUCCCCAACACUUCCACAGCACUCAGUCCUAGUCAGUCAUCAGGUUAAUAAUCCUUGCAGGUAUCCUGCAGAUCUGCAAAAUGUUCUGGUGUGCUUCAUGAUGCACUGAGUCACAUCCCUUUUUGAGAUAGACUCUCCUGUCGAAACUCACAUCAACGUUCCACAAGGACCCAAUGUGUUAGGACCCGAUCAAUCAUUGACUUAUUGGACACGAACCCAGACUGCUCAGGUCUCUGAAAUUUUAGCAGAUGAGGACAAAUUCACAUCAGCAGCAGAUUAGCAAGCACUUUGUCUGUCACAUUGAUCAGUGUAAUACCAGGGUAAUUAUUGCAAUCCUGCUGAAUCCCUUUCCCAUUCCAGAUAGGGACAAACAACCCUCUUUUUCAAUCAGGAGGAAUGGCACUGGACUGUCACACAGCAGGCAGCACCGCAUGCAACCCAUGGAUCGUGGCUUCACCUCUGGCUUUCAGCAGCUCUGCAUUGAUAUUACCAAGCCCAGCUUCCCUUCCACCCUUCAACUUCCUCACAGUCUCUCUCACCUUCGCAAGUGUGGGUGAAGUUUCGUCUAUUGAUGGAUCAUUAGGUGCCAUCUGCAAACCAGCCAGAGGGAGCUAUCUGCUUGGGGGCUCUGCAAUGUAUAGCUGCCCAAAGUACUUGGCCCAAGGCAUCCAGUACCCAUCCACAUCUGAUACCAUCUGCCCAUCAGCCAUUUGUAUAAUACUCAACUGAGAUGUACAUUUGGAACUCUAAAGGCAGAUCUAAGGUUGUUUGCAUUUAGACAACCUUCAAUAUCCUGAGCAAGACCUCUGACUUACCUCUCCUUAUCCCUCCUCAGAAGGGUUCUAUAGUCAGUUCUAUGAGAGCUGGUGGGGCUAAUCCUUCAGGGAGGGACUCACAGACUUGGCAUCAUUGCUUGGGUGCCAGCACUGUUCACUCAUUGGACAAUUGUUGAACUUGCAUAAAAUUGACUUUGUAUUCUUACCAAAACCCUUUUUGAGUUGUAAGGUAACAGAUUGCACCGAUAGAAACUAAUGCAAUAAUAUAUAUAUUUCUUGAUAAAUAUGUCCCUUCUGAACUAUCAUAGAUAAAUCUGAAACGACGUUCAUAGCAAAACUAAGUCGGAACUUCACUUAAACGGACAGUAUCCAGCGACACGUGGCAGCUUGAUAGUUUGAAGAGUAGAAAGAGUAGGAAUACAACGUCAAUAUUUUUUUCCUACUUCUACAAAGUUCUAGGCUACAAUCUACACAGUGUCAUUCAUUAACUCAUUUAUUGUAAGAUUUCUUGGUAUAUUUUUGGUCUUGGUUUAGUCAUAAUGUGUAAUUAUUCUACGUAGUCAUAACGUAACCAUUGGCCUAAGGCAAAAACCUUCUCUUUCAUCUCAGUAUCAUUAAUCCUGAAAUAUAUUUCCAUUAUUUGUGGGUAAUAAACAGCCAUAAGAAAGAGCAAUUAUAAGAAUAACUAAAUUUCUAUACUAACAGGCUUUGUGGCCUGGCAGGCAGAGGUUUGAGCCUUAAUCAGGCCAGAAUUUUUCCACUGACAAGGAGUGGUUACUGUCCCUCUUUGAGCAAAGGUUAUGGAAUAUGUAGUGUAUGAAGGUCCCAGCAGUACCCAGAGAUUGACUAUGAUGAGUCUUGCUCUGAUCAGGAGGGUAUUUGCUGGCAAUGACAGGUCCAGAAUGUGAUCAGGCCAUGGUAACUACACACACAAAGAUGCAGACAUGGGAUGCUCUUCAGUAGGCUGGCAGCCCUCCUUUGCUGCUUGUACAUACGUACAUUACCUGGAAUGGGUUAUUGGUAAUCCUUCACUUAUUUCUGAAUAAUAUACAAGC